AUGAAAGACAUGUUUUGCGCUUCUGCAAGUGCUGGCAAUGAAAAGGAAUGGAAAGUGGCAAUGAUUGAACUAGAAAAUGCAAACAAAGAAGCUGCUGACUGGUUGAGCAGAAUUCCAUCAACUCUUUGGAGUAGAUCACAUUUUACUAGAAGUAGUAAAUAUGACAUUCUGGUAAACAAUCUAAAUGAGUCAUUCAACAACUACAUAUUAGAAGCAAGAGAGUUACCUAUCAUUGGGAUGCUUGAAUGGAUAAGGAGGAGAUUGAUGCAGAGAAUUCAAACAAAGAGAUCUGGAAUGCAAAAGUUUCAAGGAGAAAUCUGUCCUAAUAUAGCAGAAAAAAUUGACAAGAAUCAGAGGUUGAGUAGGACAUUUGUUGCGACCUGGGACGGGGGUCACAAGUAUGAGGUUGACUGUGGUGUGAGAAAAUGUGUAGCAGUAAACUUGAAAAAUUGGACAUGUACCUGUGGGUAUUUUCAAUUAACAGGUUAUCCUUGUGCCCAUGCAUGUACUGCGAUAGGAGUGUGUAGAUUACCUAUAAAAAAUUAUGUGCAUACUUGCUACACUAGAGCUGAAUAUCUGAAAACAUAUGCACAUACUAUCACACCUGUUCCAAGUGAUAUUUAUUGGAGAACUUGCGAAGAAGAGACCAUAAACCCCUCUGUGGUUAGGAGAAUGCCUAAUAGACCAAAGAAACUGCACCGAAGCGCAAGAUGA